GAAUCUCGGGUGAAGUACACGAACAGUCCGGUAAAAGCGAAACAAACAAACACUUUUAUCGGUGUGUGGCAGCAGUCGGCUGCAGACGGAGCUCCGCGGUGUGUGCGCGAUCCUCAGCGCGGCGUCUCAUCUUGGCGCCGCCCGUCAGAUAAACAGACGUUUUUGUUUCUGCUCGUUCGCUCAAAAAAAAAAAAUCUGAAUUUUGUCAAUUUUGAACAAUAAUCGAGAUUAUUCUUUAAAUCUAUCUCUGCUGACAGUGACGGACCGUGUCCUCCUUGUGGUUCAAGCCGGAGCUGAGCUUUGUUUUCCGGUCGUUAGUUACAUAAUGUGGCGGUUAAGCUGUUGCUAGCCGAGCAGCGAGUCUGGAUCUGAAAUAUAUUUAUUAUUUAUUUAUUUGUCAUCUCAAACGUUUUGAACCAUGGGAGUCAGCAGGGUUUACAUCAGCAUAGGGUACGCUACCUUCGGCACCCUGGUCGGACUUUCGGCUUUCCUGGUCUGGAACAUCGCCUACAAACAGCCGUGGACGGCGGCUAUGGGAGGCCUGUCAGGAGUUCUGGCACUCUGGGCUCUCGUCACACACAUCAUGUACGUGCAGGACUACUGGCGCACUUGGCUCAAAGGCCUCAAGUUCUUCAUCACCGUCGGCAUCCUCUUCUGCGCUCUGGCAGUGGCCGCCUUCAUCACCUUCCUAACUCUCGCCAUCACACAGAAGCAAUCUCCCACUGACCCGAGGAGCCUCUACCUCUCCUGCGUGUGGAGCUUCCUGACUCUCAAAUGGGCCUUCCUCUUGGCCUUGUACUCGUACAGAUAUCGCCAGGAGUUCGCAGACAUAAGCAUCCUCAGCGAUUUCUAGUCUGGCUCUGAUUUUUCUAGACCGUGAUGGACUUUGAGGAGGUGGGGGGGGGGGUCUUAGGCUGCCAAGCAGGAGCUUUUGUUACAAAGAGGAAGGAAAAGCAGACCUGGCUAGAUUUAAAUAAAUAAAAAAAGUCACCUGACUUCACCAUAUGGAGUUGUACUUGUUGCACUUGCUUAACAAGCUCUGUAUUUGUAUUGUAACCUCCUACUUUUAUCAUAUUCCUGUAAGUAGUCAUAAGUGUAAAACCUCUAAAGACCGGAACUGCUUUUGAUCAAAUUGCUCGAGGCUAUUUAUGAAGAGACGUGCAGGUGUUUUUGUUUUUUAAAAAUCUUAAAACAGCUAAUAACGAACAACAAAGGAUCAUGGAAAUCCCCGUCGUCAUAACCGGCUUUUUAAUCCAGCGAUAAGACGUUAAACUGAAAGUGAAAUCCUCAGAACCAAAACUAAAACCUCCUACCUGAAGCCGCUCUUCUAAUGCUAGGUCGACGGUGUUUGUUGGAGUGCUUGAAUGUUUGUAGCCAAAUUAUUUUUUCAUAGUUUCACAGUUUUGAACAACAGAAUACUCGCAGUAGCUCGUAGACGGCCGCCGUGUCAGUGUCCGCAGAGUCGGCCUCUUAGCUCCCUUCGUCGUCUGUCGAUGAUUUUGAGAAAUCACUUUUUAAACUUGACAGACUUUACUCUUCCCUUCGUGCUUUUCUGUUCAUGUGAACUGAGGAAAAGGCAUUCCUGUGGAAUCUGUGCUUUUCAUCUUUUGUUCCACCAGGGGGCGACUUGCUUUUUUCUUUUUUGUCUGUCUGUCUGUCUCCAUUUGAAAAAUUCUCACAUUCCUGUCAGAAGAAAACACAAAUGGAUUUAACAAAUGAUUGCACUUUAGUCUUUGAUAUUGAUGCCAUUGUUUUGCACACGAAUCCUGUUACAAUGGGGGAAAAAAAAAAAUCAUGUUUUAGACCUUUGUCAUCCCUAUCGCACCCUUUUUAAAUAUCGAAAUACACUAUUUGUGUGUAUCAUUUAUUUUACAGCUAGUAUGAUUUGUGUAAACCAACUUAAGAUUGUUUGAAUGUGGCUUAUUUUCCAGCUGUCUACCUUUUACCAUGAAACAUGUUAAAAUGUGUUUUUGUUGACGAGAGAAUGAAUGUGAGGAUGUUACAUGUAUAUAAAACUGAACCCAUUAAAGUUGCAUUUAUUGUUAAUUA